UACAUAUAUUUACACAAGUAUUACUAAAUCAUAAUAUCAACGAACUACAGUAAAUAUAUGGAGGCAUGAUGUCAAACACCCCUCAAUAAUCUAAUAUUUCCUUACACCGGAGUCAGUGUGAAAGUAUAAUGGAACUGGUGCAUGGGAGAAAAGGUAGAGCCUCCAGAUGUGCACCAGUUGAAGAUGUUAUUGGCAACAUGCCAGAGAAUGUGAUAACAAAUAUCAUGGAUCGUUUGCCGUUACAAGAGGCUGUAAGGACGGCUAUCUUGUCAAGAAAGUGGAGGUAUAAGUGGACUUUACUCAGUCAACUUGUAUUUGAUUAUGAUUUCUUCCAGAGUUUAAAGAGAUCAGGAGACGCCAUAAUGCAUUUUGACCAGAAGAAUAUAAGCAGACUUAUGCUACAUCUUAAAGGUGCCAUAACAAACUUUGUUCUCGAUAUGCCGGAGGGCAUAGCAUUGGAUGUUGAAGAUGUCAAUCACUGGAUAAUAUUCCUGUGUAGAAUAGGUAUCAAGAAGUUUACUCUUCUAAAUGAUUAUGAUGAACUUAAGUUGCCUGCCAAUAUAUUCUCUUGUAUAGCGUUGCAACAUUUAGAGCUUCAUUGCUGUUUUUUCAGCCCAUUGCCUAGUUUUCAUGGUUUACCAAACCUAUUGAGCUUAGAGUUGUAUAAGGUUAGAGUUCAAGACUACAAAUGCGGGGAUAUAAUCGCUCAGUCUCCCUUACUUGAGAAAUUGUCAAUUUUUGAUUUUGUCGCUAGAUGUGAAGUGAAAUUGGUUGAGAUUGUAAAACUUGCAAAUCUCAGAGAAUUAUGUCUGUCAUUGCUUUUGCUUGACAAUGUGACCAUGACGAGACCUUCCAAUAUCUUUCACCAACUGUCUCUUCUUCCAAAACUUCAGAACCUUAUUUUGUAUUUUUGGGAUUGCACGUUCUUGGCAGAAGUCGGUGAACAAACAUGGGUCUCUACUGCCUUUCCCUGCCUCAAGACUCUUUCAUUAUACGGAAUAGAUUUUAGCAGUGAUACUAUGUUAUCAUGUGUUAUUGGAAUGCUUUCUGACGCCCCGAAUUUGCAGACGCUUGAUAUCACGGCCGCAUACAAGAGUACUCUCCCUCCUCCUCUCAUUUCUUUUUUAGAGGUUGACUGCAACACAAUUGGGCAGUUGCAGCUUCAAAAUGUGGUGUUAGCAUCUAUCAAAGGUUUAGAAAAUGAGGUAUGUUUGAUAAAGUCUAUUCUUGCUUGUUCUCCAUUGCUUAAGCGGAUCGUUAUUACUCCGAACAUAUUACUAAUGGGAGAUGGCAAUGAAAAGUUUAAGUUGGCUAGCAAGCUGCUGAAGCUCCAUCGAGCUUCUCCCUUAGCUGAAAUUUCCUUCCACUAAUCCACUUAGUUUAGGAUUUUUUUUAAUUAUCUUAUAUUUUCUUUUGUUUUAUGUUGUUUUGGUUGACAUCGCAACUAGUACUCUAACCUUGCUUAUAAUUUUUCUGAUGGUGGUUCUAUUUAAUAAAAUUUACCCACAA